GGAACGUACAGUAGCGUGCAAAAGACUGUACUAACAUGCUAUAUAAGCAGUUUUCAUUUUCAAGAAACUUUCAGUCUCGCUUAGUGUUUCAAGCUCAUUAGAUAAAGUUAAAGAUCGGAAAAAUAAUAAAGAUGAAGUUUUUGAUAAUUUUUGCAUUAUUUGCUGCCGUUGCAUACGCUCUUCCUAUUGAAAGCUACGGUCAGGAUCAAGAAGUUGCAGAUCCACUAUUAUUUGUGGCUGAUUUGGAAGCUAAUAAUUCGGAUUACGAAAGUGUUGAUGAUGUGCGACAGAAGCGUCAGUUCGUUGGAUUGCCUAAUCCUGCAUCAUAUCCUGGACAAGGUGGACAAUAUCCACAUCAAGGAGGUGGAUAUCCACAACAAGGAGGUGGAUAUCCACAACAAGGAGCUGGAUAUCCACAACAAGGAGGUGGAUAUCCACAACAAGGAGGUGGAUAUCCACAACAACAAGGCCAAUAUCAAGGUGGUGGAUUUGGCACGGGAAAUCAGCAUGGGCAUCAUGGAAAUCAUGGGCACCAUGGGCAUCACGGCAAAUAAUAAUCAUGUUCUUUCUUUUAAAAUUUAAAUAAACCUCCAUUCAAGUUUUAUUCAAUAAAAAAAAUCUGUUGUUUUAAUCUGCUUAAGUUUUCAGGAUGACUAAGUGUAAACUAAGAACUUUACAG